UUCGUGCGACGUACCGUAUAGUGAUCUCGGUUAUAGUUUCGUGCUUGUCAAUUGUACUCGGUAUCGUUAUUCGUUAAUUCGUCUCUUCACGACUUCACCUAACGUAACAACAAUAUUAUGGCACAGAGUUGAUGAGAUAUUAUGAUAUUGUAUUCUGUGGUUAUGAUUCUUCAAUAAUUACUAUACACUACAUAAUAAUUAAAAUUUUCAAAAUUCAAUAACUCCAUGAUAUAAAUUUUAAAAACUAAUAUAAUUUCACUUAAAAUGGGAUUCAAACAGUUUCUCACAAAUAAUUGGCGAUUAGUCAAUUCAAAUAAUUUGUUUAUCAACAGAUGUGCAAAUUCUGUUUUGGAAUCUCAUAACAUAGGAUAUGCUCAAAAAUCAGUGGUAAAUAAGUUACAAUUACCUUUGAAACCAAAGAAACCUAGUCCUCCAUUCUUUCAAUAUCUCAAAGAAAGAAGACAAGAAGUAAUUGAAAAACAUAAUUUAAAUUUUAAAGAUGCAAUCCGUUAUCUAAGUGAAUCAUGGAAAGAUUUUGAUGAAGAUACUAAGAAAAAAAUGACUGACAUUUAUAACAAAGAACUUGAACAAUACAAAGAUAAUAUGAAAGUUUUUAAUCAAAACUUAACUGUUGACCAAAAAAAUGAGUUGUUUCGAGUAAAAUAUGAGCAAAUAGAACAAAGAACAAAACGCAAACUCAAAAAAGAAUUAAAAGAAUUAGGUAAACCUCGCAAACCUCUUACUGCUUAUUUAAAAUAUGUAACCGAAGAAAUAAAAAACCAUGGAAAUGAGCCAGUUCAAACUUAUAUGGUAACAGUUGCUAAUAAAUGGAAAGAAAUGGAUGAAAAUCAAAAAUCAAAAUAUAUUGAAUCAGCAGCUAUAGAUAAUGAGAAUUAUAAAAAUGCACUUCUUAAGUGGGAAAAUGAUAUGAUCAAAGUAGGACGAUUGGAUUUAGUUAGAGCUCGUGCACUAUCUAAAGAUGAUACAGAUAAUUAAAAAUUUAAACUAUUUAUAUUGUUUAAUUUUUUUUUUUAUUCAACUUCAUCAAUUUAUUUGUAUGUUAUUAGUGGCUAUUAGUUAACUUUUUUUUUCUAAUUUCAAAAAUACUAAUUUAUUAUUUUCUUAUGUAAAAGAGUGAUGUACUGAUGAUUUUUUUUUUUUUACUUAUAAAUUAAAAAUAUUUUGAUUACUUAUA